CCGCAAUAUGCCGUUCCAGUAAAAUUCAAGUCGAUCAUCUGCCUGAUCGUGAGAGUAUGAAGUGCAAAGCAAGCCCAAUGAAAGUGAUAUAUUUCGUGUCCUUGUCGUCCAAUGUCGCCCAGCAGUAGUACUUGCGUUUUGUCUCUGUACUACUAAGUCAAGUUCCAUACAAUUACAAACUCGCAGUUACUACAACUCGCCAUUUUAUUCCUGCGUCCUCGCUUGCCUGUGAGUACUGCACGUCAUUCAGGAGGACUAAAUUUCGGAGAGAGAAAAAUGACGACCACUACUUCUGCCCCAACACCUAUCACUGGCACGGCGGCUUCUACUAGCUCGUCAUCCUCCACUACACGCGUCCAGAUCUUUACGCCAGGAGACCAUGUUCCAGCGGAUGUAUCACUCCCACACGACGCUGUCGCGCUCGACACAGCGACCGGAUUGCGAAGAGUGACGCGAAUCUGCACGGUGGUGAUGGACGGAAGGAGGGAAAGGGAUGAAAGUACCUCGACGGAAAUAAAAAACUGGCACCAGUCCUCCAUUCUCGAAACCAGGCGCGACCCGACGGCCAUCGACGUGGGCGACUGUGUCUACGGGCGGGUGCACCAGCUACAGAACGACCGGAUUAUGAUCCAUGUGUUGGCGAAAGAGAACAACACAACUUCGAGAGCACAUGAGGACAAGGUCAAGUGUGCUGAAAGUGAAAGAACUGCGGACCAAGUCCAAGUCCUCGUAAACCAUGACGCGGACGAAGCCGCGGAAACAGCCAACCUCCCUGAAGUGACUCUCCUAGGUAGCACAACCAGCACCCGGCUGGCGACUUUGCGGAAGACGGACAUGCGCGCCUUUAAAGUUGACGAGCUGGAGAUCAGUUCCUAUUUCCGCGUGGGCGACAUUAUUCGGGCCCACGUGAUCGGCAAGAGUGCGGAUAUGACGCUGUUGAGCACCAUGCAUUCAGACGAUGGUGUGCUGGCGGCAAGAAGUAGUUCUUGUGCGGGAAGGGAGAGAGAAGUUCUUGCGCCGGGUGAAGAUGCCACGCUGUCUGGGAGAGGGAGCGGUGCAGGUUUAUUUUCAGCAGCAUCUACUUCAGUAUCUGCUUUGAAACCACUGUCACAUGAAUUCAUGCUGGAUGCCGCUUCUGGUGUGAAGGAACGACGAAAAGUUGCGUGCGGACGACGGAAGAGCGCAAACAAAAUUUUACAGAAGUACAGUCUGACGGAGGUUAUCAAGUCUUAAAGGACUUUGAUGGUGAAGUAGAAGAAAAAGAUGUAGAACUAGAAGCGCAAGCGCGGAGCUUUCGAGAGCAUGACAAUGAAAGCAGACAGUCAGCACAAGAAGCGCCAUUCUUUGUGCCUUUUUUUUUUUCUUCUUGAAU